CAAAAUGGAGGAAAUAAUUUUUGUGUUUACACUUGCCUACGUGCUUGUGGCGCUGUGUUUCAUAGCACCUCCGAGGGAGUUUGUGAGUGCUGGAUUAACCGUACAAAAUAUAUUGUCUAGUUAUUUGGGGAGUGAAGAUAUGGACUUCGUUGGUUAUCAUUUAAGGAGGACUACAUCGACACUUCUGCUUCAUUCGUUUCUUCCACUUGGUUACUAUAUUGGCCUAGGGCUAAUUUCACCUAAGCUCCGUUUAUUUGAUCCAGCCAGAGGAGGAGGUGCAGCAAAUGCACUACUGCUGGUUUGCUUAGGUAUUGCUCUUGUUGGUGUCAUUACUGCAAGAUAUUGGUCUUGGAAUAAAUGGUCAAACCAUCCAUUUGCAAAGCUUUUAGUAAAACAUGGCACUCCUUGGCGAGCUGUUGCAUCUAGUGUGAAUAUAGAGUUCCGUCGCAUCACUAAAUUCUCAUCCAUCAUUGGUGGAACAAGUCUUUACAUCACAGAUUCUUGGAUAGUGAAAUGCGCAGCCUAUAAAGUCCACAUUGCACAUCAACCUGAUGUUCAUUUGUCAAUCAUUCAUGCGGAGGACCAUGACAUUUCUCAUGAGAGUAACGUUGCUGUGCAAUUCUUGAAUAUCAGAGUGUCCAGUAUAACUCCGGGUGUUAAACCCUUUGUAAUCAGGCUCAAUUCUACAGAUUAUGGUGACCUUAGAGAGAAGCUACAAGCCCCAAUCAGGAAUGCCAGAAAUGUUGUGAUACAUCAGUCACUCAGUGAUAAGUUUCUUGAAGCCUUCAAGGAGCAAGUGUCCCAAAAUGAAGUGUACCAGUUAGAUGAAGAAGAAGAGGAACCAGAGCCUUGCAUCGGUUGCAUGCAACAUCCAGCAAACAUUAAACUACAAAAGAUGUGUGCCUUGUCUGGAGAAGGAGAAUGUGUCCCUUGUUAUUGCAGGCCAAUGUGGUGUUUAGACUGCAUGGGAAAAUGGUUUGCCAGUCGUCAGAACCAACAUGAGCCAGAAAGAUGGCUGGCCAGUACCUCUCCUUGCCCAACAUGCCGUGCAAAAUUUUGCAUGCUUGAUGUGUGUGUCAUUACAAGAUGACAGGCUGAGACCUGUGUCAUUUACUAGAAUUGACUCAGGCUCACUUUUAUAAAAUGAAUGCUACUUUAGCCUGAAUUACGCUGUAUUGUGCAAGUCCAAACUUAUUGCUACUUAGCAAUUAUUUGAUUGAGAUUUCCUCAUUGCAUAAGUUUGUUCCAAUGCAGAAUCUAGGAUGGAAGUGUCUUUCAGUGAUUACAAGUAAAAAAAGAGCACUGCUAUGAGUCAGUGACACUUUUAUGUUGUGAAAUGUGAAAGCUAUUAUAAAUAGUAAACAAAUGAAAAACUCGUAGGUGUAGCUGAGAAGGGUAUUCCUGGGGUCCCUGUGAUCCCUUCCUCUCCUUAACUUUGUCAGAAUAUUUCUUUUCCAACUUGAUAACAAACAGAUGUUAUGAUUUAGUUUUAGAUAAAUACAUGAAUCCCAAAUCCACUUGGCAUGAAUAUUCUCUAGUGUUAGAUACUCCAUUUGUCAGUCUUUCUUACCCCAUGAAAGUAAUUCUAUUGAUACACAGGAACAGCUACUUUACAAAAUGUGAACAGAGAAUUAUAACACUGACCACUCCACCUCCCUGGUGAAAAUCCUUACUUUUCCUUUAGGCCUUAUACCAUUAAGGGUGACUAACAUCACUUUCUCCUUACAAUAUCACCACUGGAUUGUACAUUAAAGUCACAUGUAUAAAGGAAAUGAUCAUCAACCUUAA